AUGAGCGCGACAAACCAAGAAAUCAUCUCUGAUAAGGAAGAUGUUCAGGUGAAGACGAGCGAAAUACAAGAAGCCACAUCCAAUGUCAAGGAAGAUGCGAAUACUGAGAAUAUUACAAGUGUGCCAGUCAUGAGGAAUGCUAUCAUAGCCCCGCCAAACGUGCCAGUCUGCCCUCCUGGCAUGAUAAUGGGUUCAGAUGGAGUGUGUCGAGAUCCCUUCUAA